UACCGUCAGUGCACUUCCGGUCCAUUUUUCUGACAAGUAUCUGAUAGCUGUCUGACAUUUCGUUUUUGAUAAUUUCAUUGAACUAUGUACAUGAAACACGUUAUUUAUUCGCAUCGAUGAAAUAAUAAUUCGCGUAUGUUUCAUUAAAAUAAAAACCGCAUCAUCAAAAAACACUUUUACAAUCCGGCAAAUAUAUGCACGAAAGAAUACGCUAUCACGUUUAUGAAAAUGAUCAAAACGGGAGAGGAUAACCUAAAUCUUCAAUAUCAGCAAACAGUAGAAUUCACUGGACAAGAAAAUCAACAUUCAGUUGAAUUAUAUAGUAGCAAUGUUGUUGUUAUUCCUUCACCAGGAGGUCAUAAUCACGGUAGUUCAAAGGUGAAGUUAAAAAAUAUUGUUGAUUUUACAUGGGAACAUAACUUUUACCCAGGCCAAUUAUUAGCUGUUCAUAUGUCUGGGAAAUAUUUAGCUUAUGGCAUAAAAGUUGGUAAUGGAGGAGGUAUGGUUAGAGUUGUAUACAAAGAAUUGGAACAAAGAGCUCUGUUAAGAGGAAUGCGUGCAGCAAUACAAGAUCUGGCUUUUGCACAUGUUUCUAAUGCAAUUUUGGCAUGUGUUGAUUAUUUGGGAAACCUUUUUAUACAUACCAUUGAAUCAACACCACCAGAAUUGUUAUGUAGUUUAUUGCUACAAGUAGAUGCAGAAGAUAUAUCUCCUACUAGUCAUCGUGUGAUAUGGUGUCCAUAUAUUCCUGAAGAUGUACCAUCAGAUGGAGAUAAAGUUUCAAAGCUUUUAGUUCUAACUCGUGGUUCCAAAGUAGAGUUGUGGUCAGUUAAUACUGUUUCGGCAAGAUUCAGAUCAAUAGAGGCAAUUGAUCCAGCUGUGAAGGAAAAUGGAGGCAUGUUGGAAAUUGAUCAACAUUCUGACACAAUCAUAGAAGCAACAUUCAGUCCAGAUGGCACAGCCUUAGCUACAGCUAGUUUUGACGGAGAAGUCAAAUUCUUUCAAGUUUACUUACAUAGUAAUUCUCAUGGUAAUCAAGUACAACCUCGUUGUUUACAUCAAUGGAGACCACAUGGUGGACGACCGAUUUCCUGCUUGUUCUUCCUAGAUGACCAUAAAACAUACCAUCCAGAAGUUCAGUUUUGGAGGUUUGCCAUAACUGGAUGUGACAAUAAUACAGAAUUAAAAGUUUGGUCUUGUGAGGUAUGGUCCUGUUUACAAACCAUUAAAUUUGCACCUACACCUUCUACCGGUAAAUUACCAGUGUUAAAAGCCGGCUUAGAUCUUAGUGCAGGAUACCUUUUAUUAUCAGAUAUAUACAAUAAAGUUCUGUACAUAUUAAGUCUUACAAAAGAUAAUGAUGAAAUAACAUCAGUAAAUACAAUAUCAGAGUUCCUCCUCCCGUAUCCAAUACUGAGUUUUGGAAUUGUUGAUGCUGGUUUAUGUAAAAUGCGUCCUACUGGAGAAUCGCUGGAAGACUUAUGUCCUUGUGAAGAAGAUACUGAAGAGCAACUUGUUAUAAGGAUGUAUCUAGUUCAACCAAAGUCAUUACAAGAAUGUCAUAUCACUUUUAAGCCUGCCUCACAAGUGAGUGGUAACUGCCUUAUGGACACACUAACUCAUAAAUCACUGGGCUACUCUGAAGACACACGAGAUAUGGGAAAUGUUAAUCAUAAUGGAAUUUCAGUGGAAAAUUGCGAAGAAAAUCGUUCCUUAUCUGCCACACUUGAGGCAACAACAAAUCACAAUGCUGGCUUAAAUUUAAUGACGCCAGAUGCAUUCAGCUCGCCUGCCAAAAAAGAAAAUAAUGAAUUAGAUUCUCGCCCUAGUAGCCCAGAAUUAGGUAAAGUGUUAUCUGCUAGUCCCUCACUUGCACAAGCAGUUCAGGCUCUAAAUGCAACAGACCCACCAUUAGCCACAAAUGAGUUAGAAGAACAAGCACCUGCUAGUAGUGGUAGUAGCCCGUCGAGAGAAGUAAGAGAAAUUUUAUCUCUUACAAAAGCAGAUGAAGAACCAGAACCAGAAAAUAAGCCAAAAGAUACCAAUACUGCUGAUGAAGAUUGGCCUAAUAUCCCGAUGGUAUUAUUAAAAGAUGUAAGCAGACAUGCCAUGCAGGAAGCCGAUGGAUUCACAAAUGAUGAAGAAAAAAGAAAAAGAUUAAAAGACGAAUCGAAACCAACAACGCAUACUACAGGAAAUACUGAAAAUACAUGGCAAACAACAAACGAAUUGAAUACUCUCGAACUAAUAAAUAAAGUAGAGUCAAUUUUGGAAAUAAUUCAAGAUCAACGACAGGAAUUAAGAGAGUUAAGUACUGAAGUGACUAGAUUAAGGCAAGAGACACCAAUUUCGACGCGAGUAGAAUCUGCUUUAGCACGAGCUUCACAGCAACUAAAUGCAACCUUAGAACAAACAUUAUAUAGCCAAAUGGCUCGGCAACACGAUUUUCUUAAGACACUUGAAACAGCAAUGAAAGACAAAAUUGAAACUACCUUACCACGUAUUAUUGAAGACACAGUAGAGCCAUUAAAGCAUCAACUUAGAUUAGAUUCUGCUCGAAUGGAUGAACUCUUAAAAAAGAAUUUGACAGAACUCAUUAAUAGUAAUCAUAUAAAAGACACACUUGCUAUGGCAGCAGUGAAUGCAGCAAAACCAGCAUUAGACGCAGCAUUUAAAGAAACCUUUACAAAUGUUCUUUUACCUGGCAUGGAAAAAGCAUGUCAAACAAUGUUUAAACAAGUACAAGAUGCUUUUGUUAGGGGUACUCGUGAAUACCUUCAAAAUGUGGAUGCAAUUGCGGAUAAACAAUAUCAGCAAAGAAAUGAACAACAAAGUGAAGCGCUAUCCGCAUUAGUUCGCGAAGAGUUACAAACAGAAUUAAAUAGAGGUUUAAUUAUUCUCCAAGAAGGAACAAUACGUACAAUUCGUGAUUCUAUUAGAGAUAAUUUAAACCAACAACUUACUGAGAUCACAAAUGCGCGUUCUCGAGCUACUACACCUGCUAUACCAGUAUCAGCGGUUGCUGAUGCUCAAGCGCGAGUUAUAUCUCUCCUCCAACGAGGACAGUUAAAUGCUGCCUUCCAACAAGCUCUAAGUGCUAGUGAUUUAGGCUUGGUAGUACUAGUUUGUGAAAAAACAGAACCUUCUAGAGUAUUUUCUUCUGUAGGACCUCAAGGUCAAACCUCAAGAUGUAUUUUACAACAACCUGUAAUUCUUUCACUUGUACAGCAGUUAUCCGCAGAUUUAGGACACCGUACAGAACUGAAGCAUAGGUGGCUUGAAGAGGCGAUAUUAAAUUUAGAUCCCAAUGAUCCAGUAACACGAGAACAUAUGGGUACUGUGUUAAUGACUUUGCAAUCUCAGUUAGCUGCUUUUGUAGCAGCUAAUCCAAGUCAUAGUUCUAUACGGCGUAUGAAAAUGUUAGCUAUGGCUGCCCGUGCACUUUUUAAUCAACAACCUUGAUGUUAUAUAUGUAUGGAAUAGAAAAGACCCAUUGACAUCAGGUUUUACAUGUUUUGUUUAAAAAAUACCUUAAUCUGAAAGUAAUAUUCACAUUAUCCCUUCAUGUCAAGACUGGCAGUAAUUUACAUAGAAUAUAAAAGAAUAUUGUACGAAGUUAUCGUUAGCAGUUUACACAAUUUGUCGAAACUCGCGCCUAUAAUUUGAUUUUUUAUAAAGUAUACACAUUUACGAAAUAUUCGAGAGUUUACCAAAAAAUUAUUUUCUUGAUCUUACAUAUAAACAAAUAUAUAAAUGUAUUAUACAAUAUAAUUAAAGAGCGUGAUAUAAAUGAGAUUGUCAUUAAAAUAAUGGCACAAUAAACAAUAAAAACACUA